AUGUCUAUUCCCAGUGGACAGUAUGGUCAAGCUCUUCUUGGCACUGACCAUGCUGAGGGGCAUUUUCUAACCCCAUUAUCUGACAUUGAGAGUCAGACUGAUAUGUCAGCUCAUGCUGCGGCUCUCAUUUUGUAUGACUCUUCCACCACUCUUUUCACCAUUGUCACCACAUUUGACCCCCAAUCCCAGGCCAACUUGAAACUGAAGGUGAUGAAGAAGAGGAUUGAGGAUGAAGAACCCAUUUGUAAAAAGGCAAGGAGGAUAGCUAAAGAUGAGAUCCGUGAAGAACUUGACAAUAAGAAAGAAGAGUUAAUGAGUUCAAUAAAGCCAAAUGAUAAGUAUACUCCUUCUGCUAUGCCUACCCCUAGUAAAUCUCCUGUGCAUGAAAUUUACAAUUCUGAAUAUGAGCCAAGAGAUUGGUCUAUGGGUAAUGAAAUAAUUUGCCAAGAUUUAAAUGAGACACUUUUUAAUACAAAUCAUGGCAUUACCCCUUCUGCAACUUCAUCAAAAAACUCAAAGCCCUACUUCAGCAAAAUUAGCCAAAUUAGGCCAUUCAUGUUUGAGGGUAUUACUAGCUAUAUCAAAGAGUGUGAUAAUCUGGUCUGGACUGCAUUGACAGAAGUAGGAAAAUUUUCCACCACUUGA